AUGGCAAUUACCUCCGAUCUGAAAACUGGCACUUCGUUGCAUUCAAAGGACAAUCGAAUCAUGUCAAGCACGAAUCUACGUCGAAAUGAUAGUGAAGCAACCACCGCUGUAGGAUCAUCAGAUCAACUAUUGGCCACGUCCCAAAUGCAUCAUUAUGGAAGAAAUGAAGACGAGAGUGGAUAUAAUUCUGUAGGACAUGACGACAGGCGAUGUGUAACCAAAAUAUUAAAACCAGAUGGACGCGAAAUUAUUUUGAAGGGUAAUCUACACUCCAGAGAUGACAGUGAUGAUGUCUCAGAGCUUACCAGUUCCAAACAAGAUGAAUUAGAAACCACACGAGAAAUUAUUAGAACCAUAUCUAAUAAUCGGAAGAAACAAACUGAAGAAGACGCAUUACAGGAUAAUGAAGGUGAUGAAAAGUAUACUAUGAAGCAUAGAUCGAGCAGUAGUGCUAAAAGUAAACAGCAUUUAGAGUUUGUUUCUACUGCAUAUGGUGUAAGGUUAUUGAGUAAAAAUUUAACCAAAACAAAAGUUUCCUUAAAUGUGGAAAAUUUGAUUUUAGUAACAAAAAUCUCGGAUGUUUCUUUGAUUUAUUUGACAAGAGAACUAGUAGAGUGGUUGUUAAUUACUUUUCCUAACUUAGUAGUUUACGUGGAAGACGAUUUCAAAAAAUCCAGUCAAUUUGCGGCAAAGGAAAUUUGUCAUGAUACUAAUUGCACAGAAGCAAGGAUCAAAUAUUGGAACUCUGAACUUGUCAAGAAAAACAAUGAUUUAUUCGACCUAUGUAUUACAUUAGGUGGUGAUGGGACUGUUCUUUUCGUUUCAUCGCUUUUCCAAAAAUCAGUCCCUCCAACGGUUUCAUUUUCCUUAGGAUCAUUAGGAUUUUUAACCAAUUUUAAUUUCGAAUAUUUUAAGCAGGACUUAAGAAAAAUUUUAGAAAGAAAGAUUAAGAUUAAUUUAAGAAUGAGAUUGGAAUGUAAAAUAUACCAUAGACAUAAGCCAAAAUAUGAUCAUAAAACUGGUAAGAAGAUUUGUAUUAUGGAAUUAAUGUCCACGCAUCACGUACUAAAUGAAGUAAUCAUUGAUAGAGGUACAAGUCCAUUCAUUUCGAUGUUGGAAUUGUUCGGUGAUGGUUCAUUGAUGACUGUUGCGCAAGCAGAUGGGUUAAUUGUUGCCACCCCCACUGGAUCCACCGCAUAUUCUUUAAGUGCUGGAGGUGCCUUGAUGUACCCAAGUAUCAAUGCUAUUUCAGUAACUCCAGUUUGUCCUCAUACCUUAAGUUUUAGACCAAUCGUUUUGCCUGAGAAUAUGAACUUAAAAGUUAAAGUCUCAUUAAAGUCGAGGGGGACCGCUUGGGCAUCGUUUGAUGGUAAAGGAAGGUUUGAGUUACAAAAGGGUGAUUAUGUUACUAUAUCUGCAAGUCCGUACGCCUUCCCUACAGUGGAAUCAUCUCCUAAUGAGUUUUUCGAUGGUAUUAAUAGAACAUUGAAUUGGAACGUCAGAGAUCAACAAAAAUCAUUCACACAUAUGCUCUCUCUUAAAAAUAGGAAAAAAUUGGCUACUGAACAUAAGGACGCUAACAUAUUGGAUACUGAUGAGGAAGAUAUAAUAGAAAAGAGAAUCGACAAUACUACGUUUUUAAAAACGUUUAGUAGUAGUAGUGACGACGAUGAAGACGAUAGUAUAGUUGAAAAUGAGAUCGAGAACUACAGCGGUGCAAUAACUGAUGAAGUGGCAGACGAUCUACAUGCUUUUAAUGGUGACGUGGAUGAGGUGCGUCAAUUAGAAACAUACUAA